AGCCAACUGUCACAGCGGCAUGAAGGCACCUUUUGCGAUCGCCUCGCCGUGGCAUUUGGAAUUACGAGCUUCAACGUUAUCCAGACCCCUGCAAAAGUCAAACCCUGCAAUAGCGAAAUUCAAGGGCGGACUGGGAAAAGAUAUCUCUUCCCAGCGGGCGUGCUACCAUGACUGUACGGGAAACACGCUAGAAAGCGGAUUUCUGUGGUUCUAAGCAUGCUUCUGAAAACAAUGAGUGACGGAGCCUCGUCACUAGUUUGUUGAGUUGAUGCUAACACGCACACCAUACGCUACUGAUCAUGCCAUGUCCAGUUAGAAAAGCUAAUGCAGGUAUUGUCUGUGUGCAUCUUCAGACUUCUCCUGUUUCGAUCUGAUCGCAGCGAUUUGGAGAGACAAAAGUUGUUGAUUUCUCACUGGCUUCUCUUUUGUCUCCGUACAAAGUGGGAUGCCGCUCGUUCUUUGGCUUCUCUUGUGGACUAUCUCUUCCUUUUUCGGAUUUUCCUUCACUACACAGUACCUCCCUUCUUAGACCAUCGGUGUCUUGAGGUUCUGGACUCAAUUUAACGAUAGACUUUUGGAAUCUUCAGCCUUGGAAAAGUGCCCUUCUAGGCUUUCUUCUCGUAUUGUACCAUCAUUAGAGAAGACUGUGCUUUGGAGCUUUUACGAUAAUACUAGCAAUUGACCUCGAUAUCCGUUAGCGUCUACGCUGGUUUCAUUUUUUUUCUUGGGAACUUUCCUCUACCUGCGACUAAGCUCUUCUUUAUUUUCAACGGAGAUAUCUGGCACAAGCACGAUAUUCCCAGCUGUACAGGCGAUGAGAGACGGACCAGUCAUCGAACAAGGGGUUGACCCCAAAAUUGACCAUAUCCACCUAAGUCUAAGCACGGUGGACGAUGCUACUCAUCGAGAUCGAAAUGACAUGGCACGAAUGGGGAAGUCCCAACAAUUCAAGCACUUCAAAUUUGGGCCUGGUGAAUGGCGGUCAAGCGGGGAUGGUGUACAUCUAUAUCGGGACAUUUGUCGGCUUCCUUUUCUCGGUGAUUUCAAUGGCCGAGAUUGCAUCACUGCUAGCUCUCCUACAUCUGGCGGUCAAUAUCAUUGGGUAAGCGAGUACGCAAGCCCUAGAUAUCAAAAGUUCUUGAGUUAUAUCACAGGGUGGCUCUCCGUACUAGGGUGGCAAGGUGGAUUUGCUAGUAUCACCUUCCUCUGUGGCACUCUAGUCCAGGGGUUUAUUGCAUUGAACAACCCAACUUCCUAUACUCCUGAGAGAUGGCAUGGCACUCUCCUGACUUUCGCAAUUGCACUGUUUGCCACUUUCAUCAAUACCUAUGCUGCAAGUCAGCUACCCAGUCUUGAGGGCUUAAUUCUCAUUCUCCAUAUCUUUGGCUUCUUUGCUACAAUGAUCCCUCUCUGGGUAAUGGCUGAGAGGGUGGAUGCCAAAACCGUUUUUACUGAAUUCAGCAAUAUCAGCGAGUGGCCAAGUACUGGCUUGGCCGUUUUAGUAGGGCAGAUUGCUCCAAUAUUCUCAUUCUUGGGGCCUGACGGUGCUACGCAUAUCGCUGAGGAGAUUAAAGACGCUUCAAAGAUCGUCCCUUGGUGUAUGGUUGCGACUGCCCUCAUCAAUGGCACUCUUGGUUUUGUGAUCCUCAUUACAUAUCUCUUCACGAUGGGUGAUCUAGACACAGUUCUUCACCCAGCAAGCGGCUUUUCUUUCAUAUCUGCAUUCAACAACGCCCUGGGUAGCGCAAAGGGAGCUACAGCCCUUGCUUCGCUUAUCCUUGUCCUCGAAAUCUGCAGCGCCAUUAGUAUUUUAGCAACCUGUUCUCGGCAGGCAUUUGCGUUUGCCCGCGAUAACGCUCUACCUUUUUCCAGUUUUUUCGCCAACGUCAACCCCAAGUCCAAGAUUCCCGUCAAUGCGGUGAUGUUCACCACCACUGUCACCCUUCUUUUAUCGCUAAUUAAUAUUGGCUCAACGGAAGCAUUCAACGCCAUUGCCUCUCUAACCGUAGGAUCUCUCUAUCUCUCAUAUAUUUUAUCCAUUGGAGCCUUCAUCGCUCGCCGCCUGCGACCCGAGCCGCUGCCCCGAGCACGGUUCAGCCUCGGAAAAUUCGGACUACCGAUAAAUAUAUUCGCGUUCUUCUAUCUGUGCUUUGCGAUCGUCUUCACUUUUUUCCCGGGUCAGCGCCAUGUCACUCUCCAAAAUAUGAACUGGUCGGUUUUGGUCUGGGGGGUUGUGGUUGUCUUUGCCAUUGUCCAGUACAUGGUCCACGGCAGGAAAGUAUACGAGGGCCCCGUUGCAUAUGUUCAAAAGGCACAGUAAUGGUGUUUUGCGGGUUUCCUAUUUUAUUGUUUUAUUGCUCUUGCAAUCAUUUAGCUACACGGGGUCCUUAGCGCAUAUG